AUGGAUAUAGUUAUCGAUAUACAAGGUUUCCGCGACGCUGAGGGAAAGUUUAUGCCGAAGGAAGUAGCGGUUGUCGCCAUUAACGAAGCAUUCAUAAGUCAUUGCAUUAUGAUGCCUCCAUAUCCAUUUGUCGAAUUACCCGAAAAAUACAGACGAGAAAACAACUGGCUCUCUCAAAACUUCCAUGGGAUCGAAGACUAUUAUAGAGAAUCCAGUAUAGGAAACGACACAGUUCAAAUGCAAUUUCCAACCAAUCCAUUACGUUCGGGCAGGGAGAGUCUUCCUAGCAUGGACAGUGCAAUGGAUUCUUGGGAUGAAUUGGAAGAUAAUAGUGGUAUCAUGCCGGAAAUAUUCAGGCUUUGGGAUUCAGCUUCCACAGACAGUGGACAAUUAGAUUUACCAAUAUCGACAUAUACUGGGACACAAGACUGCACCAGUGGUUCGAACAAUAAGUCUCAGCAAAUAGUGUAUGUAUCACUUCAUAAAGAUUCAGUUUAUGAAGAUUUUGGCUUCUCAGUAUCAGACGGUCUUUACGAACGAGGCGUUUACAUAAAUUGUUUGCGACCCGGUGGACCAUGCGAUGGUAUUUUGCGACCAUAUGAUAGGAUUCUCCGAGUAAAUGAAAUUAACACAGAGGACUGUGAUUGUUGUUUGACCGUCCCACUUAUUGCAGCGGCAGGAUCACGUCUAGAUCUGACUGUAGCAAGACCUUCAUCUCCAAAAACUAUCGUAAAAACUUUGUAAAUUAUAAUGAUAAUCUCUGAUCAAUGAUUAUCAGUAUCAUCCAAUCCAGUUAUCAAAUUUAAUCUUAUCAAUUAAUGUUUUAAAUAUUUCUAAGUUCCUUUUUUAUUCUUUUUAUAAUAAAUAUUUAAAAAUCAAUGAAAAUAGAAGAAAAAUCUAGAUGUUAUUGAUGCUUGAUAGUUGUAUAAAUGAAUACACACACACACAGGAUGUCCCAUAGCAUGUGUAAUAUCGCUUGUGAGAAGAUAGACAGGAGCGAGAUAAAUAAAAAUAUCUUAUACCAUUU